AUGUCGCCCCCGCAGAGCCCAGCGCAGCAGCCCUCUGCGCAGCAGAGCUUUCUGACCAAGAAGAUGGUCAUGGGGGGCAGCGUGGUGCUUUGGAUCGCUUUAAGCUUCUCCGUUAUCAUCUUCAACAAGUACAUUCUCGACAGCCGACUGCUCAACUGGCCGUUCCCCAUCAGCCUGACGAUGGUCCACAUGGCCUUCUGCUCGUCGCUCGCCUUCCUGCUCGUCAACGUCUUCCGCGUCGUGCAGCCGCUGCCCGGCGGGCUCAAGCCCGAAACCUACUUCACGAGCGUGGUGCCCAUCGGCGCGCUGUACGCGCUGAGCCUGUGGUUCUCCAACUCGGCGUACAUGUACCUGUCCGUCUCCUUCAUCCAGAUGCUCAAGGCGCUCAUGCCCGUCGCCGUCUACCUGCUCGGCGUCGCCUUCCGCAAGGACGCCUUCCGCGCCGCCUCCUUCGCCAACAUGAUUCUCAUCGCGAUCGGCGUCGCCGUGAGCGCGUGGAGCGAGGCCAACUUCAACGCCACGGGCGUGCUGCUGCAGCUCGCCGCCGUCGCGUUCGAGGCGACGCGCCUCGUGCUCAUCCAGAUGCUGCUGACGGCCAAGGGCAUCUCGCUCAACCCCAUCACGAGCCUCUACUACAUCUCGCCCGUCUGCCUGCUCUUCCUCUCCGUGCCCUGGUUCCUCGUCGAGUUCCCCACGCUCGUCCCCGCCAUGGCGGCCGGCGCGCACCCCAGCGUGCUCGUGUUCGGCGCCAACUGCGUGUGCGCGUUCGCGCUGAACCUGGCGGUGUUCCUGCUGAUCGGCAAGACGUCGGCGCUGACGAUGAACGUGGCGGGGAUCAUCAAGGACUGGCUGCUCAUCGCCUUCUCCUGGUCCGUCAUUGCCGAUAAAAUCACCACCCUCAACCUCCUCGGCUACCUCCUCGCCUUCGCCGGCGUGUGCUGGUACAACCGCGUCAAGAUGCACGAGAUGAACGCCAAGGAAGCAGCCGCGAAGCAAGCACAACAAGCUGACGAGGAGACAGGCUUGCUUGAGGCGUCCAGAGAAGCUCAAAACAUGGCGUGUCUCGUUCGUCUCCGUCUCACGCUUUUGCUCCUCGUUCUCGGGUUGAAUCAACGCCCACAACCAGCCAAUGCGCAGUCCAGCAAUGACUGUUAUUGCCAAAACCCAUCCGGCCCGUCACGGUACUACCAGUAUUUGUGCACGUGCAACACGACUGCCUACGACGAGACCCAAGCCAAGGUGAUGGCGGAGUUCGUGCCAUGCGGCCUGACAGACUCCUUCAGCCCGUCCUACUGCUCCGUUCCAGGCGUGCACUGCGACUACCGCGGCAUGGUCAACUUGCUGUGA